AACGACUCGUACGAUAGAGGGUGGAAAAAAGCAGAGGGGCUACUCCUGUUUACAACAACAUAAUGGAGCCAAAAUGGUCAACUACCCUCUGCAAGCGUGUUUUAUUGACUGGAUUUACGAUAUGUGUUGCAUUAGUCACAAAACCUGCAUCAGCAAUCGACAUACACACCGACCCUGAAGUGAUGAUCCAGAACGGCACCUCAGGAGUCCUUCGAUGCACCUUUAAGUCGAGCGAAGUGGUCAGCAGCUCCACCUCAGUGACCUGGAGCUUUCAGUCGAGUCAGCCCGACAACCAGUUCUCCAACGCUCCGUACGUGAUUUUCUACUAUUCCCAUGGGAAAGGAUUCCCGGGACAUGUUGAAUUCAAAGACAGAGUGCAGUUUAUCGGAGACAUAAACAAGCGGGACGUGUCAAUACAGCUGAACCCGGCUCAGUUCAGCGACAACGGUACCUUCUUCUGCGAUGUGAAGAACCCACCGGAUGUAACGGCGACACCGGCUCGAACGGAGCUCCGGGUCGUCCUGAAAGAAUCUCUUCCUCAGAGCAACACGCCUGUUAUAGUCGGAGCAGUUUGCGGUGCUUUACUCCUCCUCGUCCUCAUCACCGUAGCUGCCUGCGUUGUCAUGAGGGUGCUUUACAACCGCCAUGAUUAUGAAGGAUGCACGUCCUUGGAAAGCGUGAGCUCUCAGGCUCCGAAGCCACGAAAGAAGGUGGAGUCCAGCCUGGAGGGCUCCAGGUCUACCAGUCCCUCGGGUCCACUACAGGGCCCGGUGAUAUACGCCCAGUUGGAUCACUCAGGCAGCAAAAACUCGUUCCAUAAGAUGGAGCCGGUGGUCUACGCUGACAUCCGUAAAAACUGAAGAGGAACUGGGGACCAAAAGAAAUAAAUAUAACAGUAAAGUAUCAGACCUCUCUAUCAGCUGCUCGUGGGAAGGGUGGGAAUAUUUCAACAGGGACAGAGAAUGGUGCAGUUUUGUUGUUUUGUUUUUUUUUCAUCUUUUGUCCUCUGAAAGCAUGAUGCUGUUAUACGAUAAAGUGAUGUCUCUUUGUGCUUAAUUGUAAAGACAAAAAAAGCAAAGAAACACUCUAGUGGACACUACAUUACCCCAUCACGUCAGCCGUGACCUGUCCUCCAACACAGGGAUCAAAGUAAAGGUCAGAAAGCCUUCACAGAUAUCAUUCCACGUGGAAGAUUAUUUUAUUUUAAUCAUGGAAGCUUUGUGUCUACGAAAGGUUCUGCAGGCUGUUGCACCAGCUGAUCAACACUAACAUUUUAACCUCGUUUCACACUAAACUCACCGCUUUGUUCUGCUGGACCGUCACUACUGCAUCAACACUACUGCAGCAUCACUCAGAUCUGAACUAAGAUGACAUUCAUCAAAACCUUGUUGCAGAAAUGAACGUGACGGACUAGCAACUAAAAAAAAAGAUCAAUUCAUCCUGUCAGGUGAACUAUCUAAUAUAUGUCCGACUAACAGCCUCAUUGUUUAUCCAUCACUUCUGCAGAAGUCUGGAGUUCUUGUUACAAAUAACAAGUUUGCUUGUGGUAAUUCCCAUCGCCUUUGAAUGCAGCGUGAAAUCACAUUAAUCGUCUAUUCCGAGUGAGGUUCACUGUCCUGCACUUAGACAGUGUGUGUAUGUGAGUGUCAGCAUAUAUGUAAAGGGAUGUGUUCUACCACAAUGUGCUAUAAAAUUUAAAAAUAAAGUUGGGAACGACACUAUGAACAGAUUCUGAGUGCAGGAUCUGAAGGCGAGGGACAAGAUUUUGAUAUCGGAAGCGUUCUGGUUUCCAUUUGUAGUCCGACUGUAGUUCUGGUAGUUUUGACCAAUCAGGUUUGAGCAGGCAAAAGAGACGGAACACACCAAAAUGUAAUGUCACCGCCCGGCCGCUAACGUCUGAUUCAGCUUUUCAAUCAGACAGUACAGAUGACGGAGUAAAGGUCAAGUUUCAGUUUCAUUUCUAUCACAGCUCAAUCCAGGCGACAGUCAUCCACCACAUGUGAAACACCACGACAUUAACCCUUUCAUGCAUGAAUUAUGGCAGCCUCGGUCAAGAUUUUUUUUUUCCUCUGUUUUUAUUAGUCUUUGACAUUUAAAAAAAGGGUUGAACUUAAUUUUUUUCAAACAAGAGUUUUUCACAUGUCCACUCGGGUGAACAGCAUGUGUUUGAGUUUACAACUGAAAAAAUAUGUAUUUAACACACCAAUGGAAAUGGAAAACAAUUGUAUUACUCCUUAGUUGUUACUUGACGUUACCUAAUUUUAUUUCCCUGCAAGGGUCUCUUGUUAUAGAAGGAACGGCAAGGUAUUCCUGAGCCGUUUGAGCCGUUUGUGUUGCACUUACAACGGCUGGCCAGUGGGAGGCAGUGUAGGGGAUGACGCACUAGCGACCACUAUGCGUGAAAGGGUUAAUAUUUAAACCAUCUUACUACAGUGCAUGAUGGAUCUAAGUUACUGAGACCACAGAAAUCCAACCGAUCGUCCGACAGCUGAAGCAGUUAAUCUGAUAAAAGAUUUUAAAAUGAGUGAGAGGAGGCCACUGCAGGGUUACAGGGAAACUAAUCUGCAGUUAGAAAGGAGUUUAACUGACUCUAACUCUGCAGCUGCUCCUCAUCUCUGCUGGCAUUAGCCGCUUUAAGCGAAACACACCUGAAUCUCACACAGUGCAGUAGUCAGACAUGUAGGAUAAAGAAAAACAAAGCUUCUGGUGCUGCAUUAACCUCAUCGUGAGUCUGACCAUGUUACACCACGUUACAACAUUAACACUUUAAGCUACAUUUAGACUCUAAAACUGCGUUGAACCUAACCUUUAUUUGUCUAUCUCUAAAAUGACUUUGUCUGAAUUUCCACCCAGCUGGUGCACCUGCUGAGGCCUCGGCUCAUCUCCUCGUUGGGCAGUUCCAUAGUGAUAUCUUGUUUUGUGGGGGCGUUUAAUGUAGAGUUAGAUUUUACAUUGCCUUCAGUAACUUUGCAUGCAGCUCUAAUGUCAUCUACACACUAAAGUUGGUACUCCUCAGAUGUAAAACAGAAGAAGCCGUCUGACAUUGUUUUACUGUGAAUGCUUCAGUUUUCUGCAGACUUCUGGCAUGUUGUUGUGGUACCUUUAAUGAAACUGCCUCCCAUUUGAUUUUCACCUCAGUGGAACGUCUCUGAAAGCUCCUGUUUCUGCAUAUUUUGUUUUUUUUUUUAACUAAAUUUGGCUGCUGUGUGUUUAUUUUAAUUUGUGCAUAUGAACACACAGACAAUGCAACCUGCGUCACACUUUAAGGACUUUUGUAGGUGUGACUGGAGAGAGUUAAAACGUUUGCUACCAGUGGUAAUCACCGGGGCAGCUUUUCUUUUCAGCUUAGUUUUGAGUCCUUUUGAAAUAUGCAUUUUAUAUCUAAAUGUUCAACUGAGGUGAAAUAUCUCCUUUUAUGAAAACUGGGAGCGCUCAAAUGCUAAAUACACUGUUUGCAUGCAAUUUACUAACAUAACAAUUAUUAUUAUGAAAGUAUCCAUCCUUUUUCAUGUAUUGUAUAAAGCUCUUUUUUUUAACUAAUGGACCAAAUAUAUUAGGUAAGUUCUUUUCAGCUUUAAAAUGCAUUCCAAAUUUGUAUGACAACUGUUUUUCUUUAAGCAUUUAAAAGCCAAAUUUCUGUUCUAGUUUUGUCUGUUAAUGGUUCGGUGACCUAUGAGAAUGAUAUUUGUGUUGCAGCCAGUCUAAAUGCCUUGAGCUUCAGCUUGUGACUCUGAAUGCAGUAAAUUUCCAUGUUGACCAGUAUUUGUAUAUAUCUCCUGCUCAUGUAAGAUAUAGUGCUGUUUACUGUAACUCAUUCCAGUGUGUUGUGGCUGCGGAUGUCUCUCCAGACAAAGAAAGUAGUUUGCUGUAGAGGUCUAGAAAGCUGGUGGCAUGUUUUCUCUCUUAGUCUUAAUCAUUUGUCACCGUACGCAGUGCCUGCAGGAAGUGUUGAGUCUGUCAGUUCAAAAAGGGCUUGAAUGAAACUUUCUUUAGACAAAAGUGUGCACAAUAAAAACAGAAUUAUUGUGAUGUUUCUUGAGCUGUCAGGGGAUGUUUGUUUCAGUGCUGCAUUCAUAUUAAAUCCAAAAGGUCCAUCAUCAGAAAGAGAUCAUGAUAAUGUUGUUCAACCUGCAAAAACAUCUUUUUGGCCACAGUUGCUUAUUUGCACAUCCAGAACAGUCAAAACUGUGAGAUCAGCGAGAGUGAGCCAAAACGGCAAAGCUGUGCGUUGUACAGAUUGAGCAGUGGGCUGAAACUCACUAUAAAGCUCCAUAAUGCAGAAGAAGUGACCAUUCUGAUGUUCUCUUACUGUCAUUUUAUAAAAAUACAGAUCCUAGCUGCAAUAUCCGAGAUGGUACUAAGUAGGGUUGAUUGUAUCAUCACUGAUCAUGUGGGGGUUUCACUGCGGUGCUCUCAGUUUGUACCUUACAAGACUAGAAGCCAUAUUUGCUGCAACGCUCAUUAAACACCUGCAAACACAAUCAGUGGGUGGAAUAGAAAUGAAGAGUGCUAGAAAUCCCAGCAUUUAGCACGCUACGUUAGCAAUAAUCUUAAAAUAUAGCCGAGGCUGGCAGGACGUCAGUCAUCAGGAUUCAUCCUCUCAUCCUUAAAUCAUAAGUGUUUGCACCAAAAAUCACAGCAGUUCAUCUAGAAAGUGGGAAUCUUUUCAGUUAAUUCUAAAUAACUGACAUGAAUGCACAACUGUGGCCAAUAUUCUGUGUCAUGUGAUUUUCCACCAUCUACUGCAGACCGACAUUAAACUCCAGAGUUAUUGUUUUAAGUUAUGCUUCAACUUAUUUCUGAGGGCUGAACUUAUUUCCUGACCAUAUUUCCUUUCAUAACUAGCUUCUGACUGAAGAAAUGUGAAUUCAGUCCAUUUUGACUUGACCGUGGCUGUGACGUGCAGGCACUGUAGUCUUCCAGAUUUCUCUGUAAUGUUCCGGCCUUUUCUGUUGGUUUGUUCUUUUACUAGUUAGCAUGUAUUUCAACGUAUUCGCCAAAUGAAAAAGAAAACACCGUGUAUGAUACCGACAAACCUUUACCGCUGGUCGCUUUGCUCCUAAUCGUGACUUGUCGCAGUGCUUAGUGCUGUUGUAGAAAUUGUGAUGUAAACUAUAAAUUAUGAAAGAUUUCCAGUUUGACCAAGCUGACGUGCAACAUUUGGUGUCUUAAAGUUUGGAGCGAGCGCAGGUUGCCACGUUCGCUCCAAUCCUGACGAGUCUUAAAGUGCGUGCUUAGUGUUUUUCGAUGGUAAAUAGUUGUGUGUUAUUUGAGAUUUGUUUGGUAUGUUAUGUUGUAAAAUCUGCACUAUGUCUUGCAUAUCAAAGACAACAAAUUCCCUGUGAUUUUUGUUUUUAUUUUCGUUCAUCUCGGAAUGACCUUGGCCUCUGUUUAACGUCUUUAAAACUGGAAUGUUGUACAUUUAGUGCCUUUCACAUUUCAUCAGCUAACUUGAACAUCUGCUCCGAAUAGAAAAGAUAAGAUUCAUUUAUUUUCCUUUUAUUGUAUGUAUUUUUUUAUACACAUAAUAUCGCCUCUGUAUCCACUGUUCAAAUUUUAUAUAAAACCUAUUCCUGGC